AUGUGCCUGGGAACUACGAAUGUAGAUGACGUAGAAAAACAGGUCGACAAGUUCUACGAUACAGAUUUUGAACUUUGGAAGUCACAAAUAAUCGACUACUAUUUGAAUUUCAAGAAGCUUACUGCUCCUUCGGCUGGUAAAGAGCCUGAUGGGAUGAACAAAGAAGAUUGGAAAGAGCUGGACAAGAUGACUCUUGAACUGUUGUCACUUGAAUCACGACAUGUUGUUCAAGAUGGAUUAGAAGGAAGAAAAUAUUGGAUUUUCUGCAACCUUUUAUUCUUAUAA